AAGACUCCGCCUUUCAGUCGCUUUAAACAAAACUCGAAAGAAGCCAAGAAGAGCGAGUCACGGAAAGAAACAGGAAGAAGAAGACGAAAUCGGCACCACAAUGACUUCAACCAGGAGAUUGGGCAAGGAGCUCGAUGACAUUCGCAAAUCUGGAAUUAAGCAGUUCCGCAACAUUCAAGUGGAUGAAUCAAAUAUUUUGACCUGGCAAGGACUCAUUGUUCCUGACUGUCCUCCAUACGACAAAGGAGCCUUUCGGAUUGAGAUCAUCUUCCCUGCAGAGUACCCCUUCAAGCCCCCCAAGAUCACCUUCAAGACAAAGAUCUACCAUCCCAACAUUGAUGAAAAGGGCCAGGUGUGCCUGCCCAUCAUCAGCGUGGAAAACUGGAAGCCAGCCACAAAAACUUGCCAGGUGAUUCAUUGUCUCAUCACUCUGGUGAACACCCCUCAGCCCGAGCACCCGCUGAGGGCAGACCUGGCGGAGGAGUACACUAAAGACCGAGCAAAAUUCAUGAAGAAUGCCGAAGAGUUCACAAAGAAACACAGUGAAAAGCGACCUGUGGACUGACAACACAACACUGACGCGCCUGUUGGGUUCCUUUCGGUAUCCUGUUAAAAGAACCCGGCCUGACUCUCUGCUCUUAUCCUGCGUUUCACAGAGAUGUCCUGUUCUCCUGUACCUGCAUUGUUUAGCUCUCUCCAACCAAUCAUUAGAGGCUCGUCUUUCUGUUUCACUUUGCCAAAAAAAAAAAAAAAAAAAAAAAAAAAAAGAAGAAAACAAGCAGGACUUUUUGGUGAGUAGGCAGGUUCUGGCCUCUAGGUGUCACCUUUUAGUUGUUUUUGACUUCUUUCUACUGAUUUCUUUUUAGAAAAAAAUAAAAUUCUCAGAGGUGGCAUCCUGGAAAGUCUAAUCAGACAAUAAAAAGUGCUGUUCUGCUUACUUAAAUGGUGAAUGUUAUUUCAGAUAAAUCCUUGGCUUAUGCAGACCUUUUUACAGAUUUUUAAGCUUUGUUUUCAAAGUUAACAGCAUCUAAUGCUGCUUUUUUUUCUUCUUUUUCCUUUCCACCAUCCUUUUCUGUAAAAAAACCUGCUCAAGUACACGUUUGUUACCGAGGAAUCCACAUGUAAACACAAAUUAAUGAAACUGCAGCAAAAUUCAAGUGUCAUUUGAAACGUUUUUUUUUUUUUUUUUUUUGUAUUUUGAGGAAAAUAUUUCUUUUAAGACUUUAAUUAAAUUUCUUCCACCUC